UCCCCCACCAUGGCCCUCCGCAACUCGCAGCGUAUCUGGAUCCUCAACAAGGCGCCCACGGGCCCCAUCACGUCCGAGACGUUCAGGCUCGAGACGCGCCCCCUGCCUGCCCUCACGGCCGGCCAGCUGCUCGUGCAGGUGCAGUACAUUUCGAACGACCCGGUCCAGCGCACCUUUAUCUCGGCGGGCCCCAACGCCAUCAUCAAGCCCGGCUCGCCGCUCCGCUCGUCGGGCGUCGCCAAGGUCCUCGAGAGCCAGAGCCAAAAGUACAAGGUCGGCGACCGCGUGUUCGGGCCGUUUGGCUGGACCGACUUUAGCGUCGUCGACGACUCGUUUGUGACUGCCCCUGCUGCCGAGCUGCCCGGCAAGCCGUACGCGUCCAUCUCGCCCCUCGGCAUGACGUCCCUCACGGCAUACGGCGGCGCGAUCGACGUGCUCGACGUCAAGCCCGAGCACACGGUCAUCGUGUCCGGCGCCGCGGGUGCCGUCGGCCAGGUCGUUGUCCAGCUGGCCAAGAACGUCAAGGGCGCCAAGAAGGUCAUUGGCAUCGCUGGUGGCCCGGAGAAGGUCGCGUACCUCAAGUCGAUUGGCGCGGACGCCGCCGUCGACUACAAGGACCCCAACUGGAAGGACCACCUCGCGGCCAUUGUCGGCAAGGACGGCAUCGACCGCUUCUUUGACAAUGUCGGCGGCGACAUCUUUGACCACAUCCUCACGGUGCUCAACAUCCACGGCCGCAUCGCGCUCUGCGGCCAGAUCGCCGGCUACAACGGCCAGUACACGCCGUUCCCCCACUUUGUCGAAAUUGCCUCCAAGCGCAUUACGCUCCAGGGUUUCACCGUCGGUGACUACAUCACCCGCUGGGCCGAGGUCUCCAAGGAGCUCCGCAAGCUCAUCGACGAGGGCAAGCUCAAGGUUGACAACGCUGAGACUGUCGUCCCGACCAAGAUUGAGGAUGUUCCCACUACCUGGACCCGCUUGUUCGAGGGCAAGAGCCGCGGAAAGCUCAUCACUCAGCUCGAGGCGUAGGAUCCGGCUGUGUAUGUAGCCAGGCUGUGAGCUGGUCUGGCCAGGAAAUGCUACACCACGUUCACAAGAAUCGCAUCUCAUGUUGUUACAACUGACCGCACACGUCCUACUGCUUGACCGACUCGACCUGGUGAACCACCGCCUUGUCCUUCUCAUCGAGGUCGCGGAUCGCCGACUCGCGGGCAUCCUUCUCGGCCUCCUCGGCUCCGUCGAGGUCCUUGACCCAGAUGGACCACACGCCGCGGCGGUUGCACUUGUGGGCCCACAUGCCCAUGCCGUAGAGCAUGAGGGGUACGAAGCCCGU